CCAAUCAUAACGCCUGACGACAGGCCUCAGCCAAUCAGGAUCAGGGAGGCUCCGGCGUAGGCGGGGCAGGCCCGGGCGGGUGAGAGCCGCCCCUUGCAGCUGGCCAACGCCUUCGCCCAGGGCUACUUGACGAGGUGCUGCUUCCGGGAGAUGAGCGACCGGAGGGCUUUUGGCAGGCGGUGUUCUCUUUUCCCAGUUCGUUUCUCUGCAGCUCUUGGCCGUGACAGGUGUUAGUGUCCGUGCCUGUCACAGACGCAUUCUGACUCGGGCCCUUCCCCUCUCUCUCUGGAGACUGCCUAUGGCUGGGGACCGAGUGAGGUCGUUGCCUUGACGACGGCAGCAUGCGGCCGGCAGUCCUCGGAAGUGUGAGCUUGCGGAGGGCAGAAGCCAAUCUGCCUCCCUGCUUGCUUCACCUAGGACCAGUAACUGCGUCCGCAGAGGAAAUCCCAAUACUGGGAUUGCUAGUUUGCUAGUCAGCAUCUUUUUAGAUCUGCUAGCGAGAUGCAUAUCACCUCAAAUUUGUUUCCAAGUUGAAAACCUUUGGCUCUUUCCAUGUGAAGGGUUUGGAAGAAAUACAAGAAAAAUUCCUACUGGUUUUGAAGCAAAAUGGAAAAGUAUGAGAACCUAGGAUUGGUUGGUGAGGGCAGUUACGGAAUGGUGAUGAAGUGUAGGAACAAAGACAGUGGAAGAAUUGUGGCCAUUAAGAAGUUCUUAGAAAGCGAUGAUGAUAAAAUGGUUAAGAAGAUUGCUAUGCGAGAAAUCAAGUUACUAAAGCAACUGCGGCAUGAAAAUUUGGUGAACCUGUUGGAAGUGUGUAAGAAAAAGAAGCGUUGGUACUUAGUCUUUGAAUUUGUUGACCAUACGAUUCUUGAUGACUUGAAACUCUUCCCAAAUGGACUAGACUAUCAAGUAGUUCAAAAGUAUUUGUUUCAGAUCAUUAAUGGAAUUGGAUUUUGCCAUAGUCACAAUAUCAUACACAGAGAUAUAAAACCCGAGAAUAUAUUAGUCUCACAGUCUGGCGUUGUAAAAUUAUGUGACUUUGGAUUCGCACGGACAUUGGCGGCUCCUGGGGAGGUUUACACUGACUAUGUGGCCACCCGGUGGUACAGAGCUCCAGAACUGCUGGUCGGUGAUGUCAAGUACGGCAAGGCUGUUGAUAUCUGGGCCAUUGGUUGUCUGGUCAUUGAGAUGCUUAUGGGGCAACCACUAUUUCCAGGAGAAUCCGAUAUUGAUCAGCUACAUCAUAUUAUGACAUGUUUAGGUAAUUUAAUCCCAAGACACCAGGAGCUAUUUUAUAAAAAUCCUGUGUUUGCUGGAGUAAGGUUGCCUGAGAUCAAAGACAUAGAAGCAGAGCCUCUGGAGAGCCGCUAUCCGAAGCUCCCUGAAGUCGUGAUCAGUUUAGCAAAGAAAUGCUUGCACAUUGAUCCAGACAAAAGGCCCUUCUGCGCUGACCUUCUACACCAUGACUUCUUUCAAAUGGAUGGAUUUGCUGAGAGGUUUUCUCAAGAAUUGCAGUUAAAAAUAGAGAAAGAUGCCAGGAAUAAUUCUUUACCUAAAAAGUUUCAAAUCAGAAAGAAAGAAAAAGAUGAUGCCUUAGGUGAAGAAAGAAAAACACUUGUGGUACAGGAUACCAAUGCUGAUCCCAAAACUAAGGAUUCUAAAGUGUUAAAAGUAAAGGGGUCAAAAAUCGAUGUCGAGAAAACUGAAAAAGGAACUAGAGCUUCAAAUGGCAGCUGUCUCCAUGACAACGGGACAAGCCACAAAGGCUUGUCUUCCACAAGCCUCAGAGAUUGCAGCAAUGUCACCAUUGAUCACCCAAGGAAUCCAAGCACAGCGAUUCCUCCCCUCACACACAAUCUUUCUGCAGUUGCUCCUGGUAUCAACGCUGCAAUGGGGACUAUUCCUGGAGUUCAGAAUUACAGAGUGGACGAGAAAACUAAGAAAUACUGUAAUCCUUUUGUUAAACCAAGCCAGCCUUCUCCAUCAGGGAUUUAUAAUAUGAAUGUGAGCACAUCCGUCUCAGGGGAAAAGUACCUUCUUCAGGCAAACAAGAAAAGGAAGGAAUAUCCCAAAGUCGACGUGCGAUUGCCUGAACUAAACUAUAACCAUCUUCCUGAACUGAGAGCUUUAGAAGGCAUAGCUCGAAAUUCUAGGCUAAUAAAGAAAGAGAACAAAUGUCUUUCAGAAUCUCGAAUUCCCUCUCUGGCUGCCAUUGACCUGCAUGCAUCCAGUGUUGCAUCACACCAGGGAGCAGGAUCACCCCUGUCAGAUGAGUCCGAGGCUGACUUGCCUCGAGUGGAGCACCAGCACUGAGACCCAUUUUAAUCCUCAACAGGGUAGGUCUCACUCUUCACA